GAUUGCUCCACUAUCCAUUCUUACGCUCAUCAUGCCUAUCAAAACGAGUCUCCAGUGCUAUGCAAACCAACAGUAUCCCUCUCCAGCGCCAUGCGGCUCAUGACUGCCUCAUUUCUAUUCGAGUGUGUGUCGUUAGUCAUUCGAGUGAUCCAUCACUCAGUAUCCCAGUUUGUACCGAUCCAAGAUAAUACAACACUCCAACACGCAUUUGUACCCUUGGCUCCAAUGCACAAAAGAAGAGAAGAAACGAGAAGUGGAAAACAGAAAGGGGGAGCAAACCAGGCCAGAGCUUCCAACAUCUAGCCAUGAUUGCAUCAGCUCAUAUUACAAUGCGGUAUUAGUAUUUUUCUUU